CAGAGGGACCGCGCCCCUCCCCCGCCGCCCGGCCCCAGCGGCCCGCGGGAGCGGACGCGAGUGCGGUGCUCGGUGACGCCAUCAGCGCAGCUGCAGCCCCCUGUGGCAGGAUGACUUGAGGAUGUGGAUGAUCUGCGGUACAGCCACAACCUGACCAAGGUCCGCAUGCCGCCACCACUCUGGCCCCUGUCCCCUAGCCUGGACCGUGCAUUCCCGACAGGCGUCCUUGUGGACGCAGGAAGCACAGGAGUAAGUCUUCUGAGCCUGUGGAGCAAGCAAGUGGCUGACAGAGGGACCCCCCGCCUACGGUUUCUUAGCUUGUCAGAAACAUUCUCCCACUGCGGCUCCACAAGAUGACCAGCCUGUUCCGCAGGAGUAGCAGCGGCGGCGGUGGUGGCGGGGCCACCGGGGCUCGCGGGACUGGGACCGGGACCGGGGCCGGGGCCGGGGCCGGAGCUGGAGCAGGGGAUGGCAGCGCAGCUCCCCAAGAGCUCAACAACAGCCGGCCGGCCCGCCAGGUGCGCCGCCUAGAGUUCAACCAGGCCAUGGACGACUUCAAGACGAUGUUCCCCAACAUGGACUACGACAUCAUUGAGUGCGUGCUGCGUGCCAACAGCGGCGCUGUGGACGCCACCAUCGACCAGCUGUUGCAGAUGAACCUGGAGGCGGGUGGUGGCAGCACCUAUGAGGACAGCUCGGACUCGGAGGACAGCAUCCCACCAGAGAUCUUGGAAAGGACUCUGGAGCCGGAUAGCUCUGAGGAAGAGCCUCCGCCUGUGUACUCGCCACCGGCUUACCACAUGCAUGUGUUCGACAGACCUUACCCGAUGGCUCCUCCAACUCCACCUCCCCGGAUUGAUGUCCUAGGCUCUGGACAACCUGCCAGCCAGAGUCGCUACAGGAACUGGAACCCACCCCUGCUGGGCAACCUUCCUGAUGACUUUCUCCGAAUCCUGCCCCAACAGAUGGACAGCAUUCAGGGUCACCCUGGGGCUUCCAAGCCUAUGGGUGGAGAGGGAGGCCUACCUCCAGUGCCAGGACCCGGUGUCUGUGACCAGGACAGCCGCUGGAAGCAGUACCUGGAGGACGAGAGGAUUGCCCUCUUCCUGCAGAAUGAGGAGUUCAUGAAGGAACUGCAGCGCAACCGUGACUUUCUCCUCGCACUGGAGAGAGAUCGAUUGAAGCAUGAAUCCCGGACAUCCAGAUCCAGCAAUGUAGCUGUCGGAAAUGACUUCGCCCUUCCCUCCUCUGUCCCAGGAACCAGUGACACCAACCCCACUGUGUCAGAAGAUGCCUUAUUCAGGGACAAGUUGAAACACAUGGGAAAAUCCACGCGUAGGAAGCUGUUUGAACUCGCGCGAGCUUUCUCUGAGAAGACCAAAAUGAGGAAGUCAAAGAGGAGACACUUGCCGAAGCUCCAGUCGCUGGGAGCUGCUGCAUCGACAGCCAACCUCCUGGAUGACGUGGAAGGCCAUGCUUAUGAUGAAGACUUCCGGGGAAGGCGGCAGGAGGUACCUAAGGUGGAAGAGGCCCUAAGAGAAGGACAGUAAGAGGUGCCAGCAGCAGCGUCGCCUUGCCAGAGAUGCUCUGACCGGGUGGAGGAAACCAGGGGGAAACAGCAGUGCCCUCCAGCUGCAGCCGAGACAGAUGGUGCUUGCGUACCAGCGCCCAGGCUUCUUCGGCCACAGUCCAGCCCAGACACUGCCACUUUCCAUGGGACUUAGGACUUUCAGAGUUGCUUGUGAUUGGAGAAGGGACUGUAGCCUUAGAGACAGCAGCUAGCCACAACCUGGUUUGUAGUCUGGCUCUUCUGUCGAGGAUGAGCAGAAAUUCAGGAACCACCCCUCACAUUAAAAAAAGAAGAAGAAAAAGAAAAAGGGAAAAAAGAAAGGUCCCAGGAAGCGUCAAGGUUGCAGUUAAGGAACUGGCAAAAUGACCUAUCCGGAGGCCCCUUGGGCCUGAAAAGAGGGCUUUCCUGCUUCUCUUUCCCAUCACUCCUGGCGUACCACAACGGGUCUGAUCUGUCCCCUAUCCCAUCCCCCACCCCACCCCCGCCUUUCUUUCUAAAGGUCUCCGACAUCUCAGCCUUGGAUGGAACUGCUGACUCUUGGCCCGGACCUGCACAGAACUCUGGACGCUGUGGCCUUGCCCGGGUCUAGUUUACAGGGCUGCUUCUUAUUAAGGGCUGGCUGUCACCUCCAGCAGCCUCCUCUUAACCCAGCAGGGAUGGGGAGAGUGACCCCGGAGCUGGAGGACUCUCUCUAAGCUUGGUCUUUCAUUUGGCUGAAGACCAAAGCUGGUUCUUGAUUUACAUCACAGUGGGGCUCCUCAGGGGCUGGACAGGUCCUGCUGUUUUGUAAGGCAGGGAGGUGCUGGAGGGAGGGUGACCCCAACUGAGAAGGUGUGUGUAGGCUGAAGCGCCUGUUGCAGAGGCUACCAGCCUGGGGCAGGGGUGGGGGUGGGGAAGCACCUAGGACAGGAACUAGCUGGGUGCCUCGGGUGGAGAACCAGAGCUGACCCGAAGAACACUGGUGAUUCUAGGAACUCUCAGUCGGCAUCAACCACUGCUAAGGGGGUGGAGGCCGCAAUUGUGUACCACUCGUUCUAUGAUCUGGGAACUCGCUGGUCUUUAGAGAAAGUUGGGAAGUCCGGGGAGGCGCGGGGACCUGGUUGAGAAUGGGAUCCGAUGCUUGGGUGUCGGGGGCUGCUAGGGAUUGGUAGGAAAUGGAACCUGCUACUGGUCGAGCUUCCCCGGGCUCGGGAGAGCGGUGCACACAGAGUGACCAAGUUUGGAAACGUAUGCAGGGCGGGGUGGGGGUGGGAGACCGCGCUGGCACAGAGCCAGUCCUGUGACCCCUGAAGAGAAGGACGCCUUCCCGCCCACCAUGAGCCCCGGGCGGCUAGACUGUGCUCCAGACGCGUCUGGGCCUUCCCUGCUCCAGCGCCAGGCGCGCACGAAGAGAAAGCUGUAGGUCUGUGUGUGUGUCACUUUGUUAUUUUUUCCCGCUUGUGUGUGUGUGUUUUUUUUUCCUUGGAGCCGUUUCAUAGGAAUUCCGGUAAUAAAGACUUGGUGUUCUCUUGG